AGUAGUUUGAUUUUUUUUCCCCUUUGGCUAGCUAGCCUGGCUUUUUGCUCUCUACUUCGACUUUUCCCCUAUUUGUUUCGUCUUUUGCCCUACAGCCAUGAGCGACGCCGCCACGCCCACCGCUGCCGCACCGCCGGUGCGCAACUACGCGAUGUCGUGUAAGACUCUCGUCACGCAGGAACAAAUCUGGGCGGCCACGGCGAAGUGUGCAAAGCAGAUCGCGGCGGACUACAGACAAUACAACUUAACCGAGAGCAACCCGCUCUAUUUGCUGUGUGUGCUGAAGGGCAGCUUUAUCUUCACCGCGGACUUGGCGCGAUUCCUGUGCGAUGAGGGGGUGCCCGUGAAGCUGGAGUUCAUCUGUGCCAGCUCGUACGGCUCGGAUGUUAAAACCUCCGGCGAGGUGCGGCUGCUGCUGGACGUGCGAGACCCCGUGGAGGACCGCCACUUAAUGAUUGUGGAGGACAUCGUGGAUAGCGCCAUCACGCUGCAGUACCUGAAGCGGUUUUUGCAGGCGAAGAAGCCCGCCUCACUCAAGACGGUCGUCCUGCUGGACAAGCCGUCUGGCCGCAAGGUGUCGCUCGAAGUCGACUACCCGGUCAUUACGAUCCCACACGCGUUCGUCAUCGGCUACGGCAUGGACUUUGCCGAGUCGUACCGCGAGCUGCGCGACGUGUGCGUGCUGAAGAAGGAGUACUACGAGAAGCCCGCCAGUAAGCUGUAG